AUGUUAUCUACUAUGACACCUCUUCCUCUGCUCUCCAUCGACCAGAUCACCCUUCCAUCCUCUCCUUCUAUUUCCUGCGCAAAAUCUGCACAUAGUAGCCUCUUUCAACAACAGGAUUUUGGCCACAAAGAACCUCAUCCACAUCACCACCACGCUCAACAGGAGCAGCUACUGCAACUCCAGUCCCAGCAGGAACUUCAUCAGCCGCUUCAACUUCCGCUGGAUUUAUCGCAUCCACUCCCUUGCCGCGAACUGGAAACGUUUGACGUAGAGAUGCAGAAUUCCAACAUACCGUCCAGCAUGCUGUUCAAAAAUCUUCCGAUCGAGAUACAUGAAGCGAUUCUAGACCAUCUUUUUGGCGUCCGAGGCUCCACUCUUGCCUCCCUAUCUCCCACCAAAUCCACCCCAAAUAGUUGGAGCAAAGCCCUACGGCAUCCCCGCCGAAAGGCACUCUCGGACCUAGCCCUUGUUUGCUCUCUUUGGCGACCUUUGGUUCAGGAGAGAAUCUAUCGACAUAUUCAGGUCAAGGGUACCACCGAUGGGCUGCUUGAAUGCGCUGAGUGGUUUUUGUCACACACACAACUAUCUUCCUAUGUCCGUCACAUUGAAAUUUGGGUUCCAGUAUGGGGCGACAGGAUGCCAAAGGGCCGCGUAAGGCACUAUUACCGCCCUCACAAUGGAAAUGAAGGCUCUCAUUUGGCAAACGUCGCGGCAGUCCUUCAAGCGACGGUGGCUACUUUCGAAGACACAUCAAGCAACGGCUACACAAGUAAUGCCAGCUUCAGAUUCGCCAGUCGCAAUGCCACGUUGCAACAAAUAUUCUGCCAUGUUGCCUACUUUUUCCCCCACGCACGCAUCCUAACCCUCGAAGGCGGCCACUGCAAGAAACCCCCCAUGAUCAGGCAUUUCGACAAUGACCCGUGGGGUCAAUCCGGCGAAGAGAGUCUGGAGGUGCUCCCCAACAUUCAAACGUUUGUGAUGAGAGGCGCAUGGAAUAUUAUGAGGGACUACCAACACUGGUGUAACCUGGCCAAAGCAUUACCCAAUCUUCGCGAAUGGGAUUGUUCCUAUGUCAAACGAAAGUUAGAGGCGCAUGUUACGAUAUCCAAAGCCCUUUCCAACUUCCCCAAAACCAUUACUCGACUAGACAUUAGUUUAGAAGGAUUCUACAACAAAUCAAGCUCGCAUUCGCGCUGGUUUGGUACGGUCUACACUGAACCACAUCUGUGCCUAUUGUUGGGGGCAAUUGCACCCCAACUUGAAUCCUUGACCUUUACAGGCAAAGUCUGUGCUGGAUUAUUCAUCCAUGCGCGGACAGCAAUGUUUAAAAAUCCCACAAAUUCGAGGCUAAAAUCGAUUGACCUUGUGGUGAAGUCGUGCUGCCGCGAACAACGGACUCAUGAUGAUGGCUCUCCAAUGCUCAAUGACCUGUCUGGCAUUACCAAUAUGAAUUUCAUUAAUUCAUUCGAGAAUCUUAUUAUUGCUGCUGUCAGGUCGUUGGAUGCGUAUGUUUCCCUCAGCCAUAUGCGCAUUAGAUUCAUCGAUCUCGACUCCGCUUGUGGACUUCUCAACCCAUACUUUCAGCUUGUGGGCAACAAUUGCAUUGGGCUGUGGAGCGAAAAUAUCCUUGCAGCACUACAUGAGGCACGACCGAACGCAGAGUAUGAACUACUCGACGAUGGAAUACUGCCACAAUACGGAAUUAACGCUCAAACCGGGACGAGGAUAUAUCCGCGAACCCGACCACUGAGUAUAAAGGCAAGCUCAUAUAAGAUUAUUGCUGACAAGUCCAAGCUGUGA